AUCAAAAUGGCGGCGUCCCAUGAAAGCAUGGAGAACGACGAUGCGAAAGACGACAACAGUGAAAGUAAACCGAUCAUUCCGGGAUAUGCUGACAUCAAUGAAUAUUCACAGACUGUCUUGAAAAGUGUUCUACAAGCCACACGAUCCUCCAACAGCCUGCCAACAGGCGAUGACUAUGACUUCUACUCUACAUACAGAUCUGUCAAGGAUGUGCUAGACAUUGAGGGCAGGAGAAUCUUGCAGCUGAUAGAGAGCAUCUUACGCCAACAGAAUGUCAAGGCCAAAAUAUCCACCAACAGUGAUGCUAUUGAGCUUGAGGACAAGUUCGAUGCUGUCAUGGAUGCCAAUGAUCAGAUUCUUGAGAGAGUGGGUUCGAGUCUGGAUGAAGCCUCAGGCAUCAGGAAACCAGAGGCUGACUUGGUGUUUGCCACUGCAACAACAAGGACACCAACAGCUGCUAGUUGGAACAAAAAAGGUAGUUUCCGCACACAGCGGGGGGAGAACACCUACAGACUGCUGGCAGCACGGAACAUUGAACGUCCCCAACUCAAGUUUAAAAUGAAGAUUGACAACAGCAAUCGACCCUUCAUUCCACGGAUUAAAUACAAACCAAAUGCUCAACAGUCUCUUGCAGACAGUUUGCGGUUACCAGAGAAAGUCACACCGCUUGAUAUGGAGGGUCCUAAUUUUGUCUACCCACAUCCUUAUCAAUAUGAGCUUGAUCACCUACAGUAUCACCCCCAGCAAGUGAUGGAGACAGAAGCACAGGAUCCUCGUCCAAUUGAAUCAACUCCCUUGACAGUCAUCGACUCCGAGUCAGAGCUGAAGAAGCUGUGUGACCGUCUGAAGACUGUUCCAGCGCUCGCAAUAGAUCUGGAGGCCCAUACAUACAGGAGUUUUCAAGGGCUGACAUGCCUGAUGCAGGUGUCAACACGGGAACAGGACUACAUCAUCGACACACUGGAGCUCCGACACAACAUGCACAUCUUUAAUGAAGUGUUCACAGAUCCAAACAUUGUCAAGGUUUUCCAUGGUGCUCAUUCGGACAUUGAGUGGCUUCAACGUGACUUCAACUUGUAUGUGGUCAACAUGUUCGACACAGGAGAGGCAGCUCGGACUCUGGAACAUUCAAGAGCAUCACUGGCUCACCUCCUUAAUGUCUACUGCCAGGUGACUACAGACAAGAAGUAUCAGCUUGCUGAUUGGAGGAUCAGGCCACUGCCGGAGCUUAUGGUGAAGUAUGCGAGGACUGACACACACUACCUGCUGUACAUCUACGACAAGAUGAAGAACGAACUGCUGCAGAAGGGCAAUGAACAGAAGAACCUCCUCUACCAUGUCCUGUCAAACAGUGCCCGAAUCUGUGCCAAGGUGUUCGGAAGCCGGGUGUUUGAGGAGAGCCAGUACCUGGACCUGUACAGGAAGAGCAAGAAGCUGUUCAACUCACAGCAGCACCAGGCUCUCCGGGAUCUGUAUGCCUGGCGGAACAAGGUGGCCAGGCAGGAGGAUGAGAGUCCCUGGUACGUGUUUCCAAACCACAUGCUGCUGCAGUCAUCCCAGGUGUUGCCAAGGGAACAGCAGGGUGUGUUGGCAUGCUGCAGGCCGAUCCUUCCCCUCGUCCGACAGAACCUGUCCGAGAUUCACGGCAUCAUCAUGGAGGCGAGAAGUGUCUCCCUUGUCAAGACUGAGCGGCCAAAAGCCCAGUUACCUUCGGCUGCCCAGCAUCCAAAGUAUGACUCUGACAGCCUCCUUAACUGCCCUCAUGAUACCUCGCACCUCAACAAGACUGUUCCCAUGGUUACAGACGAUGAUUCUCAACCAGAUACUUCUCUGAUUUCCACAGCACCAUCUGUGUUCCGUGAUGACAGGGAUAAGAUACCCCUGCAGGAGAAGCCAAUCAUCUCUGCCUUCAGCUGGACAAUGAAGGUGACCACUCUUGACACACUCUAUCUGUGUUAUGACCGGCUGCGGCAAUGA